AUGGGAUCAACCGGUUAUCACAGAAAUGAAAUACAACAUUCUAUUCCUAUUGACAUCUUAGACGACCUAUGCAGUCGCUUUAUAAUCAACCUGCCUCCAGAGGAUAGAGGGAAUCUAGUCCGUAUAUGUUUUCAAAUAGAGCUAGCACAUUGGUUCUAUUUAGACUAUUACUGCACUGAUGAGAGCGCCAGACUUAAUCCUUGUGGCAUAAGAGAGUUCGCGGCACAUAUAUUUCAACACGUCCCGCAACUUCGUGAGCACGUAAGCAGCCUCGACGCCGUCCUCGACAAUUGGCGAGAGUACAAACAAACUGUGCCGACAUAUGGAGCGAUUCUGUUAGACACAGAACUUACUCAUGUUCUACUGGUACAGUCUUACUGGACGAAGGCGUCCUGGGGUUUCCCUAAAGGCAAAGUUAAUGAGGAUGAGGAGCCUUGGAAGUGUGCUGCAAGAGAGGUACUGGAAGAAACAGGCUUCGAUAUCAGUAAGUUGAUAAAUAAGAAUGACUAUAUAGAAGCUAUAAUACACGAACAAAUUGUCCGCCUAUACAUUAUCGGUUACAUUCCUAGAGAUACUAAAUUCCAGCCACGUACAAGGAACGAAAUUAAAGCUUGUGAGUGGUUUCCUUUAGCUGAUCUACCAGCUAAUAAGAAAGAUAUGACCCCAAAGGUAAAAAUGGGAGUCAGUCCUAAUGCGUUUUUUAUGGUGCUACCGUUUGUAAAACGUAUGCGACGUUGGGUUUCGGAAAGAAUGUCAAAAGUAUUUACUAAUACCCGCAGAACCCGCCAUAAAUCCAUGGGAGAUAUCGAGUCAUCUACUAGUAAGAAUAAAAAUAAAAGCAUAUCUCAAGGCUUGCAAAAUGAGAUACAUGAAUUUCAGCAGCAAAGCCAUUCAGAGACGAAACAUUUCAAGGGCCAUGUUAACCCGAAUAAUUAUGGUAAUCACGGUAAUAGUCACGUAAAUCACGGUAAUAACCACUUAAUUCAUAGUAACAGCCACGUAAAUCAUGGCAAUAACCAUGGUAAUCACGGUAAUACUCAUAAUAAUCACGGGAACAAUCAAGGAAGCAACCAAGGAACCGGUCACGGGAAUAACCAAGGAACCAGUCACGGAAAUAACCAAGGAACCGGCCACGGAAAUAACCAAGGAACCAGUAACGGUCAUAACCACGGAACCGGCCACGGAAAUAACCAAGGAACCAAUCAUGGGCUUAACCAAGGAACCGGUCACGGGCAUAACCAAGGAACUGGUCACGGGUAUAACCCAGGAACCGGUCACGGGCAUAGUCAUUCCAAUACUCCAGGAAGUGUAGCAAAAACCACCCCCAAUCCAAAUAGCUCUAGAAAAGAACGAAAAAUUGCUAAACGGCAGCUAUUUACCCCCCAAAAUACAAAUUCGAACAACUUUUCGCAAGUGCAAAAAGACUCAAGUCCAAAUAAUGAAUCUCAAGACGACAUUUUCUUCUCUUUCGUGGCCCCAUCGUGGGCCAACUUUAAAUUUGACAGGCGAGCUAUCCUGGAUUGCCUCACUUGA